GUCUCACUUCUUCCUCGCCACUGGACUAAACCACAUAAUCGCCGUCGUCGUACUGGUCGGACCAAAACAGCAAUGUCCACUAGCGUCGAGAGCAACGGCAGCAGAAUUGGAAUUUACGAUGACUUCGUGAAAGUUCACGGUGUCCUAUUAGCAGCCUCCGGCCUACCUAAGUCGCUGCACCGCAAACUGUUCCACAAGCUAACCUCGGAGACUUUCGACGGAGGGAAUCACUUCGCGAUCGAGCCCAGCGAAGAUGGCCGUCAGCGGCGGCUUUUGUUAACGUCUGACUCCAUGCCUAAGGAGUGCGAUGUCUUCCUCAUCGACCACGCCUGGUCUUUUCGCCUUCCCGACGCAUAUAACCAGCUGAAGGAAGUACCGGGCCUAGUCGAGAGGAUGGCUGCCCUGAUGUGUGUGGAUAUUGACAUCGAUUCCGAUGACAAAGAGGAGGAAAACGAUGAGAAUUUGAGUAUUGAAGAGGUUGUGGAGAAUGCAAUUCGAAAUGCUAAAGAAAAUGGAGAUGGUACUGUGACAUGGCUUGAACUGGAGGAGCUUGGGAUUGAUGAUGAAAAACUGCUGUCACUAGACUUGUGUAGUAAAUUUCCGGAUUUAGUAGGGCUUAGCUUGUGUGGAAACAAACUAGAGAAUGCAGAGGUGGUGGUGAGGGAAGUUACUAAACUCAAAAACCUAAGAGGCCUCUGGUUGAACAAUAAUCCAGUUCUUAAAAGAUGUAGCAUGGAAGAUGCAAUUCUCCAAGGAUGUUCAAAACUGGAAAUAUAUAACUCUCAUUUCACCCCAAAAUAUGGUCUAUGGGCUUUGAGAUUUUGUGGAGUUGUAUGUGGGAAGCAAGAUACUGGUAGCACAAAAGAUGAUGACAAUCGUUUGAAAGGCGAGACCACCCUGGACCUUUCGAAUAGAUCUAUUCAAAAUUUCAACAAUAAGGCAUUUGUACCAGAUGAGAUACCCAUGCUUGCGCAUUUGAAUAUUCGGGGAAAUCCAAUAGAACAAAAUUCAGUUGAUGAGUUGUUUCAAUUCUUGAAAUCAUUUCCAUGCUUGCAGUCUUUGGAGGUGGAUAUACCUGGCCCCCUAGGAGAGAGUGCUGUUAAGAUACUUGAAUCCCUUCCCCAUCUUUCCUCACUGAAUGGUGUUGAUGCAUCAAAAAUUUUAGAAUCUGAAAAGCAUGUUGUUGAUUCAAUGCUUGAGCUGCGACUUCCUGAAUGGACUGCUGAGGAACCCCUUAUUGAUCGUGUUCUUAAUGCAAUGUGGUUAUAUUUAAUGACGUAUAGACUUGCAGAUGAGGAAAAGAUUGAUGAAACCUCAGUAUGGUAUGUGAUGGAUGAGCUAGGUUCAGCUUUACGGCAUAGUGAUGAACCAAAUUUCAGAGUGGCUCCUUUUCUCUACAUGCCAGAGGGCAAAUUGGCAUCAGCAGUGAGUUAUUCCAUAUUAUGGCCGAUACACAAUGUUCAAAAAGGUGAUGAAUGCACUCGUGAUUUUCUCUUUGGUAUUGGAGAGGAUAAACAGCGUUCUGCUAGACUUACAGCGUGGUUUCACACACCAGAGAAUUAUUUUAUCCAAGAGUAUCAGAAGCAUUGUUCUAAAUUGCAUUCCAAGAAAUUACCUUUACUUACUAUGAAGUCUUCUGCAACAAGUAGACUGCAUCGAGAUGAUGGGAGUGCUUUACGUGUUUACACUGAUAUACCUCAUGUGGAAGAGUUUUUGACACGGCCUGAAUUUGUGAUAACAACUGAGCCUAAGGAUGCAGAUAUUAUAUGGACUAGCAUGCAGAUAGAUGGAGAGAUGAAAAAAGCUGCUGGAAUUACAGAUCAGCAAUACCUAAAUCAAUUUCCCUUUGAGGCAUGUCUUGUCAUGAAACAUCAUUUGGCGGAAACCAUACAGAAGGCACAGGGAUCUCCUGAAUGGCUGCAGCCUACAUAUAAUCUUGAAACUCAUCUUUCUCAGCUUAUUGGUGACUAUUAUGCACGCAGAAGAGAUGAACUUAACAAUCUAUGGAUCUUGAAACCUUGGAAUAUGGCACGGACUAUUGAUACAACUGUAACUGAUAAUUUAUCUGCUAUCAUCCGUCUCAUGGAAACUGGUCCAAAAAUAUGCCAGAAGUAUAUUGAGCAUCCUGCUCUGUUCAAAGGAAAAAAGUUUGAUCUCCGCUACAUUGUAUUUGUCCGAAGUAUGAAUCCUUUGGAGAUUUUCCUUUCAGAUGUUUUCUGGGUUAGAUUGUCAAACAACCCAUAUACGCUUGAGAAGCACAGUUUUUUCGAGUAUGAGACCCACUUUACUGUUAUGAACUACGGCCGGAGAAUGAAUCACAUGAACACAACUGAGUUUGUUAUGGAGUUUGAACAAGAGCAUCAAGUUAAAUGGUUAGACAUCCAUCAAAGAGUAAGAAGCAUGAUCCGAUCUGUCUUUGAGUCAGCUGCAGCAGUACAUCCAGAGAUGCAUGAUCUGAAAUCUCGGGCCAUCUAUGGUGUGGAUGUAAUGCUUGAUAAUUCUUUCCAGCCAAAACUUUUGGAGGUUACCUACUGUCCUGACUGUACAAGAGCAUGCAAGUAUGAUACAGCAUCUAUAAUGGGAGGUGGAGAAGCGAUCAGGAGUCGUGACUUCUUCAAUGACGUGUUUGGUUGUCUCUUUCUGAACGAAACCACUCAUGUAAGCCAGUUAUAAUUUAGCUUGGGCAGAAUUUUGUGUCUCUGUUGUGUACAAUUUUGAAACAAUUAAGUUGCUAAUCUGAUGGCAUGAUACCAUACUUUCAAGACGUGGAAGUAGUCCUGUUCAUUUCAACCCUCUGGUAAUGGAUACAGGGAAGUUUUAAUU